AUGAACCCCGCGCCCGCGCCGCCGCCGCCGGGGCAGCAGGUGAUCCACGUCGCGCAGGACCUGGACACGGAGCUGGAGGCACUCUUCAACGCCGUCAUGAACCCGCGGCCUAGCUCCUGGAGGAAGAAGAUCCUGCCCGAGUCCUUCUUCAGGGAGCCCGACUCGGGCGCGCACUCGCGGCAGUCGAGCACGGACUCGGGCGGGCCGCCGCCGCGCGCCGCCGCCGCGCACCACGUCCGCUCCCACUCGUCGCCCGCGUCGCUGCUGGGCGGCGCGGCGGGCGCGGGCGGCGCGGCGGGCGCGCCGCAGCACGCGCACCUCCGCCAGCGCUCCUACGACGUGACGGACGAGCUGCCGCUGCCGCCCGGCUGGGAGAUGGCGCUCACGCACACGGGGCAGCGCUACUUCCUCAA